CCGGCGGCGGGCGGGGCUCUGUUGCCCGAGUAACGGGGUGUUGAGGAAGGUAUCUUCCUGUCGCACCGAGACGUGUGUCCCGCGCUGGAGGCCCGGACGAUGAAUCAUGGUGAGAGAUUCGUUUUCAUUGCAGAGUGGUAUGAUCCAAAUGCUUCGCUUCUUCGACGUUACGAGCUUUUAUUUUACCCAGGGGAUGGAUCUGUUGAAAUGCACGAUGUAAAGAAUCAUCGCACUUUUUUAAAGCGGACCAAAUACGAUGACCUGCGCUUGGAAGACUUAUAUAUUGGCAACAAAGUGAAUGUCUUUUCUCGACAACUGGUCUUAAUUGACUAUGGGGAUCAAUAUACCGCUCGUCAGCUGGGCAGUAGGAAGGAAAAGACAUUAGCCCUGAUUAAACCAGAUGCAAUAUCAAAGGCUGGAGAAAUCAUUGAAAUAAUAAACAAAUCUGGAUUUACUAUAACUAAACUCAAAAUGAUGAUGCUUUCAAGGAAAGAAGCAACAGAUUUUCAUGCAGACCACCAGUCGAGGCCCUUUUUUAAUGAGCUGAUCCAGUUUAUCACGAGCGGUCCCGUUAUUGCCAUGGAGAUUUUAAGAGACGAUGCUAUCUGUGAAUGGAAAAGGCUGCUCGGGCCUGCGAACUCUGGGGUCGCACGUACAGAUGCUCCUGGAAGCAUCAGAGCCCUCUUUGGAACAGACGGCAUAAGAAACGCAGCUCAUGGCCCUGACUCUUUUGCUUCUGCUGCCAGAGAAAUGGAGUUGUUCUUCCCUUCGAGCGGAGGCUGUGGGCCAGCAAACACUGCGAGAUUCACCAACUGUACCUGCUGCAUCGUGAAGCCCCACGCUGUCAGUGAAGGACUGUUGGGAAAGAUCCUGAUGACUAUCCGAGAUGCGUGCUUUGAAAUCUCAGCUAUGCAGAUGUUCAAUAUGGAUCGAGUUAAUGUUGAAGAAUUUUAUGAAGUUUAUAAAGGAGUAGUGUCUGGGUAUAACGAGAUGGUGACAGAAAUGUCCUCUGGCCCUUGUGUAGCACUGGAGAUUCAACAGACUAACCCUGCAAAGACAUUUCGAGAGUUCUGCGGACCUGCCGAUCCGGGAAGAGACAGAGCUAACCAGGGCUACAUGGAGCUGUCUCAGGGUUUGGUCAUCUAUAUUUCCAGCCUGUUCACCCAGCGCCAUCCCUUCCCCCACACAGGAGCUUUCCUCAGACUUGGGGGCUUCUCUGCUUCCCCGCUUCUGGCUUUCUCGCCCGUUCGUCACCCUCUGCCCUGUUGCUGAAAUGCCGUCCUGAUACACUG